CUGUCUGAGCGUCACAGUUCUACGCUACAGUAGGUUGCUCUCUCUCCAUUCCUCCCAUCUGGCGGACUGACUGGCCCAUCGCAGUUGUCUCUCUGGUCGCCCUGAGCAGUCUGCCGACACACAGACCCCUGGCAGUGUGCUGAAACCUAGAGGGAUGGAGACAGACCCUGCCUUGGAGACAUGCACUGAGAGCAGAGCAGAGACAGGGGGAGAGGAGACACGAGAGGGACCUAUCACGAGGCCCAGCCCCCUGUCCUCCAAUAGGUCUACAGCUGCUCACACUCCUACAGCACUCACCUCUACUCCCCCUCAGCUUACUUCCUCCUGCCCUCCUAAACUCACCCCUGCCCCCAAUCCCUCUUCUAGUACACUCAUCCUCACCCCUACAUUCACACCCUUUUCUUCCUCUACACUCACCCCCAAUCCACCUAAACUGACCCCCACCCCCUCACCCCCACCCACACUCACCCAUAAAACACUCCCUACCCUCACCUCUACAGUCCUCAACCCCACCCCAACAUUUACACCUACUUCUCCCUCACUUACUCCCAACCCCCUCACCUCUAAAAUACUCACCCCCAGACCUACUCUCCCCACACUCACACCCACUCUACCUACACUCAAGCAUUCCUCGUCUCCCUCCCCUACUAAACUCACUCACAAAUCUGCUCCUCUCCCCCUCACUCCCCCCACCCUCACCCCUAAUGCCCCUCUACUCACCCCCUCUCCCUCCCCUCCCUCCCCCACUGUAUCUGCCAUCCCUUCUCUGCCCCCCUCUGUAACCCAUGGCAAAAUGUCCUUUGCUCCUGGGCCUUCCUUCUUCCUGACCAAUGGGAAUGCAAGGCCACCCACCACGCCCACCUCUCCACCAAUCACGCCUUUCCAUACCCCAGCCAGCAGACAGGUCCCUCUUCCUCGCCCCCUGGGUACGCCCACUCUGGUGCAAGCAAACCAGAGCAUCUCGCCUGUUAGACCGAGGGUAUCCCAGCAGGCCUUGCUCCUGGGUCGGAGUCCUUGUUCGAGCCGAGACCAGAUGCUGCUCAGGGCCCAGAUGCCCAGUUCCAUGGCAACAGACAGACAGACCCCAACUACCCGGCGCCUCUCAGUCCCGCCUCCAACUCUCUACACUUCUGUGCGUUCUGUCCCUCUGAGACCCAGACUUCAUUCUCCAAACGGCCACAGAGUGUUGCCCCCGAGACACAGCCCCGUCAUGCGACCAUUUGCUGCUGCUGCUGCCCAUCAGGCCCUACCCAUCAGACAGUGUACAGUACCAGCCACCAGUCUGUCAUCUCAAAGCCCGCCCACACAGUCCACCCCUGGCCAAUCGCAGCUCAACUCAGGCUCUAGGCCCCUUCCCUUGGGUUCUUCCUGUUUUGAUCGGUUACCGCCGGCAUCAAGGCAGCUGCAAAUGAUUGCCCUCUCCUCUGGCUCCACCAGCCGCUUCAGCAGCCAAACACGGCCCGCGGCCAACACACACACCCCAGCUUCUGUCCAAUCAAAGUGUCUGGUUCUUGAGUCCCCACCUCCUCAGCUCGAUGCCCAACCACAGAGGACUUCUGACCAUGCCUCUCCCCCUCCCCCCUCCUCCAUCCACAAAGCCAACUCACCCCUACCAUACCCCCAUUAUCAGGCCAGACACAUUCAGUCAAAAGCAGAAGUGGGUAGACAGGGAGUAAGGGAGGAGAGAGAGCGGGUGGGGGGAGAGGAAGAAAAGAUGGGGGAAAUUGAAGCGGGGCAGAGGGAUAAAGAGAGGGUGGCAGGAGAGAGAAAGGUAACAGGAGAGAAAAAAGGUAUUGUUGAGAAGAGAGUGGAGAUGGAGGGAGAGAAGGAGGACCAGAGAGAUAAAGAGGAGGACCAGAGAGAUAGAGAGAAGGAGGAACAGAGAGAUAGAGAGAAGGAGGACCAGAGAGAUAGAGAGAAGGAGGACCAGAGAGAUAGAGAGAGGGUGGGAGAGAAGGGAUUGCUGACAAGAAAGGAGAAAGGAGAGGCUGGAGGAGAGGAGGAAUGGAUGGAGAGAGGUAAACAAUAUGAGAGACUGAGACAGAUGACAGGAAUAGAGGAGGAGGGGGAGGAAAGGAUGAAGAUAGAGGGAGAGGAGCAGAGAGAAAGGAUGGAUGUAGAGGAGGAGGAGCCGGGACAGAAAGGAGAGAAGGAGGUGGGGACUACCACUGACGAGGACAGUCCGAUAGACCCUCACCCCAAUGCAGACCCGGCUACUCAGAAUCACAUACACUUUGAUGCCCCCUCACACACACCUCAUAACCCCACCACUCAGAACGACCACCCCCCCCCCCCAGGUUACCCCAUAGACCUCCAGAGACCAUUGGACUGUCCCAUAGAGCGACCCCCAGACCUACUCCACAAGGACCAAGAGGACUUCUGUGACAACAUAUCCACUCAGUCUGACAACCACUCAGUCUUGUCCAGUCUCUCCUCCCAGUCUCCCCCUGCCUCACCCUGCCUCACCCCUCCAUCUGACUUCCCUCCUCCUCUCCUGCCUGUUAGCCCCUCCCGCUCAGAGACCCUCAGCCUAUCACAGAGCCGCUCUGACACCCUUAGCCUAUCAGAGCGCGAGCCUUGGACACAGAGGGUGUGGCCAGAGGGCGGAAGGCGUGUCUUAACUCACCUGGUGGAGGGCUUCAUCAUACAGGAGGGGCUGCAGGCGUUCCCGGUGAACCGCUCAUCUCUGUUGUUGGGAGGACAGGAGGGUGUCUCCCAGAAUGGGAACACAGAGGGGGCGGAGUUAUUACCAUUGACAGACACACCAGAGCCACCGGAACAUUCCAGUGAAUCAGAACGAGUGGGUGUGGCCACAGAUGCCCCGCUGACAGGUACCAGAGAGAGACAGAGGGGGGUGUUACAGUGUGAGUCUUGUGGGAAGAGAGGCCAUGCCCACUCCUUCCACCGCUCCAAAAGAUACUGCUCCACUUCCUGUGCCCGCAGGCUUAAUUUAGGGAUGUCUAAACGUUUGCGUGCUCUGAGUGCAGGCAGCCAGCCAGAGGGGCGGCGCUCUGAGAUAAACAAGGAGGAGUCUGUUCCUGGGAAGCCCCUCUUACUGCGACUGCCCCGCGAAAUAUGGAGCGCCCAUCGCCGUGACUACGAAGGGGAAGAAGGGCAUGCUGUUCCCAUAACAACCAGGCUGGAGCGCAGAGCUGCACGGAGGGCAAGGAGGGCAUCAGAGCCAGCGAUGACCCCUAGUAACCCCACCGUGACCUCUACUGAACCCACACCUGCACAGUGGAGUGUAGAGCAAGUCUGGGACUUUAUACACACACUGCCAGGUUGUGUGGAUGUUGCAGAGGCAUUCCGUGUUCAGGAGAUAGACGGCCAGGCCCUGCUGCUGCUCACUGAGGACCACCUGAUGACCAGCAUGAACAUCAAACUGGGACCAGCGCUCAAGAUCUGUGCCCACAUCAACACACUCAGACACACAUAGAGAGGGAAAAAGGGAGGGGUGGGGGGACGGUCUAAGGCACUGCAUCACAGUGCUUGAGGCGUCACGACAGACCCGGGUUCGUUCCCAGGCUGUGUCACAACAGGCCUUUGACCGGAAGUCCAAUAGGGUAGCAAACAAUUGGCCCAGCAUUGUCCGGGUUAGGGGAGGGUUUGGCCGGCGGGGCUUUACUUGGCUCAUCCUGCUCUAGGGACUCCUUGUGGCGGGCCGAGCGCCUGCAAGCUGACAUCGGUAGUCAGUUGAACGGUGUUUCCCCGACACAUUGGUGGGUGUUAAUAAGAAACACGGUUUGGUGGGUCAUGUUUCGGAUGACGCAUGACUUGACCUUCGCCUCUCCCGAGCCCUUUUUGGACUUGCAGCAAUGUGACAAGAUCGUAAUUGGAUAUCACGAAAUUGGGAAGAAAAGGGGGUAAAAAAAAACAAAAGAAAAAGUGAGGGAAAAUAGUGAUUGAUAGAUGGGAGAAGAGAGAGAGGGGAGCGGAGAAGGGGGGAAAACAAGAGAUCAAUUCAAGAGAUUAUCAACUGAGAGCAAUCAGUGAGAGAGGUAGGGGGAUUUUCUUAUAUUCUGUUGUGUCUAUGUAUAUAUUUUACAAUGCAGUCUAUUGGUUGUAAAUCUUAAACAUUUUCAUGAAGGAUUGUAAUAUACAGUAUGUAUUUGUCUGUUUGAUCAUUAUUUUAGAAUGUGGUGUCAAAUCUGUUUUGAUUUUACACAGCUGAUACACAGAUUUUUUUGUAUCACUGUGUGGAAAAUAAGGUCUUAACUAAAGAAAUGAUUACGUUUUAUAUAUGAUCUGAGAAAAAAGUUAGGUCUUGUUUGUCUCAUAACCAUGUCGUUUUGUGAGAUUUCUUAAUUUUUUUCUCUUAUCCUUCCUAUUCAAACUCUGUAAUAAAUGAAAUUAACUUA